GACGGUGAGCUUGGAACGACAACUCUGCGUGGAGAUUGUCCGCUAGGCAGCACGCUCUCUCGCGGUAUUUUUGUUGGUCAACAACAAUGUCGGAUUCUAGUUCCGAUGAAAGUAGUGAGAGUUGGACCCCGUAUUGUGAACGGGGUGAGUGGAGUGAUGUAGAGCCGGUCCCACAAGAUGACGGACCACACCCUGUCGUCCAGAUUGCAUAUUCUGAUAAGUUUCGUGACGUGUACGACUACUUUCGAGCUGUAGUUGCCCGCAAUGAGGUCAGUGACCGUGCCCUGGAGUUGACGAAGGAUGCAGCAAAACUCAACCCGGCCAACUACACCGUCUGGCACUACCGUCGUGAGUUGCUGAAGCAGUUAAACAAGGACCUCAGAGAGGAGUUGACCUACAUCUCCAAGAUCAUCACACAGCAUCCCAAGAACUACCAAGUCUGGCACCACAGACGUGUGAUCAUUGAACGUCUCCAGGACGCCACCCAGGAGCUCGACUUCACGAGCGCCGUCCUGAAGGGGGACGCCAAGAACUACCACGCGUGGCAGCACCGUCAGUGGGUGGUGAGAGAGUUUGACCAAUGGGACGGCGAGCUGGAGUACGUGGACAGACUCCUGCGGGAAGACUUCAGGAACAACUCCGCCUGGAAUCAGCGAUACUUUGUCAUCAACCACACUAGUGGCUUUACAGAUGAUGUAAUUGACAGAGAAAUCAAAUUUACUCAGGACUAUAUUAGGAAAGCACCCAACAAUGAAAGUGCAUGGAAUUACCUGAAAGGGGUGUUGAUGGACCGUCAGCUGCAGAACUACCCGGCGGUGUUGGCGUUCUGCCAGGGUCUGUACGAUGAUCGCUACCGGUCGCCAUACCUGAUCGCAUACAUGAUCGACACGUACGAGGAGAUGUUAGAGCAGGGAUGUGACAACCAGGCGGACACACUGAAGAAGGCGGGAGAGCUAUGCGAGUCCCUGGCCAAUGAGUACGACCAGAUACGGGGCGAGUACUGGAAUUACGUGUCACGCUCACUGAACUCCAGGUUUGGACUCGAAAACAAGACACAACAGGCCCAGGCUGCCUCAUAACUGUCAUCUUCCUACCAUCUCCAUGGCAACCAGCCUCAAAGCUGCGCUUUACAGUCUGAUUCUUUUUGAUCCGUUUUUGUGGAUCAUCAUGUAAAAUAUUGAGACUGCAGACUGUUGGUUUUCGCUCUCCAUGUUCAGUGAAUAUUGUUUUUAUGGGCUUUAACAGCUGUAAUCUUUUUUAUUGGGAUGGUAGGGAUUUCAAUAUAAGUUAUCCUUUUUGGUUUAUUACAAAUGUUUUAAUUUGUUAUGUAUUGUAAAUGUAACAAUGUUUUAUUGUACCUGAGAGCUUUCUUUCUUUAAAAUGUACAUGUCCAAAACAUAAAAAAACUAUUCAUGUCCCCGAUGUUUUUAUUUCAAGUAGGUUUAUUGUUUUCACACAUCACAUUUAUACUACGCUAGAUCUUCAAGUGAUUAUUCUUAAAGUAUGCAUUAAAAUUUACUUCAUUGUCUCCAUUAUUGACUGAUAUACAAGAUGUAAAAAUAUUCUUAUCCUGUAAAUGGAUUGUGAAAGAGAUAUAUUGAGAUGUGGUUAAACUCCCUAAAUGGAAAUGUUAUUUUUUUUUGUUGAACUUGAAUAGAAAUAUUUGUUUACCUGGGGUUGCAGCUUUUCUUUGGUAUCAUCCUGGGACACCCCACAUAUUCGACAAUGUUGCGAGUGUGUUAUAUUUGCAUGUUGUUUUUGUACAAAUAUCCAAGCGUUUAUUCAGCAAUAAAUUACGCUGAAUUACGUCGAAAGGGAGAAAGCCAAUAUGUGCAUUUCCUAACAAUGUCACAGAGUGCUAAGUACUUUGAGUAUUUAAAUGUCACAUUUCUCAGAAUGUUUUGCUAUUUAUAUUUGUGUAACUCGAAAUGUUUCUGUUAUCCUGUAAAAUAUGAGAAAAUCAGCUAGAAAAGCGCAGUUGUAUGCGUGAUAUUUAUUUCAAAUUAAGUUAUGCAUUCAUAUUUGUAUGCCUUCGGAUCGAAAGUUCGGGGGAAUAUUGUUUUUGGCCUGACUGUCCGUCAUUCAUUCAUUCAUUGUGUGUGUCCCAAAACUUUAACCUUCGUUAAAGUAUGGUAAUAACUUUUUGAAUAUUGAAGGUAGCAACUUGAUAUUUGGCAUGCAUGUGUAUCUUAAGAAGCUGCACAUUUUGAGUGGUGAAAGGUCAAGGUCAUCCUUCAAGGUCAAAAGUCAAAAUACAAUCCAAGGGAAGUAAUAAGCUUUAAAAGGGAGAUAAUUUCUAAACCUGCCAAAUGAUAUAUUGAAUUUUCAAAGCGGCCCAAUAGGGGGCAUUGUGUUUGUAGCGGAUCUGUGGUCUAGUGGUAACACACUGGCUUCACAAUCCAGAGAUCGCUGGUGCGAUCCCCCGCUGCACCUAACCUACUAACUCGUCUUUGGCAUGAGACGUUAAACCGAGGUGCAGUGUACUAGGUGCUAUACACCGGGCACUAAAAGACCCAGGGUCACCUCUGGAACGGGGUGUCUCCUGUAUCUUGCACUAUCCUCCGUAACCAACUAACACUUCUUUCUGGGGACGAUGGCCAUAUGGGAGACAAUCCCGGUGCACUCGAUAAAAAAUAAUGAAGAAGAAGAAGAAAAGGGCAUUGUGUUUCUGACGAACAUAUCUCUUGUUUUAUUUUAAAAUGAAAAUAUUGUUAAAUAGGAAUAUUAAUAGAGAGGCAGCUAUUGUUAAGUAUAUAUUUUGUUACAUCCAACUAGAUGCGUAGGGCGCUUACCCAUGUUGGACAUUUGUGGUUAUUCUGUUAUGAAAUCUGUUGUUCGAUAACCAGAUACAUGCAGUUUUGAUUUUUUUUACAUAGCUGCUACAACAAGCGCAUUUAUUACACAAGUUCUAUUAUCUGUUUGCGUUUAAAUCAUCAAAUCUUGUGUAGCUUAAGAAAUGGCAUAUCAAUUGCUGAGGGCUCAGUUAGACUUUGUCGGUCACAGCCACGGAGAAGGCAGUUUUAGGCUCAGGUUUUUGUCCCCAUUUUUUUAUAGGAAUGGGGCCAGGGCCCUUUUUGGACUAAGAAAAAUCACAUCAUGUUGACUAAAAUUUCGAUUCUAAAGUUGAGGUUUGCUUAGGAAUUACAUCAUAUUGAAAAUAAAAGUGUUGUUUACAAUUUAUUAGCUAGGGUUCAAUUCAUAAGAGCUUGAUAGGGAUAUGGAAGUAUUUUUAUUUAUUUUUUUACUUUGAAUUGGGAUUUUUGGGGAGUCUUUUUGGAAAUGAUGUUUACUUUUGUUGAUUUGGAAUGGAGUCAGAUUUACGCCUAAAUUUUGAAGGAAAAUGACCGGUGGAGCUAUAUUUCAAAUAUGACUUUCUAGGAUUCACAAAGAACAGAACAAAUUAUUGGUUUUGAUGUGCUAUAAUAUUAUUUACCCAACUUUAUUAACAUUUGUAUGAGAAUUUUUUUCAAACUCAUGAGUGUAAUACUACAUAGGAUUUUGAUGCUUAUAAUUGUGUAUGUGUAAGAUGAUUUAGGUGAGUAAUGCAAUGAUCAAAAUAACCCUGCACAGGUUAUCGUUUAACUGGGCUGUCAAUGUCUAAAAGGUGCAUGAUACUACAUCCCAGCCUCAAAAGGCUGUUUGUUAAAUUGCAAUUGCUAUACAAUGGGAUGUUAGGACAAUGCAUAAUUAAUAAGUUGGUUAUAAUAUUCAGGGUAACAUUAGUUAUUGUUAUUGGCAAAUUUGGAAAAUAAAACACAUUUUUAUCAUGAUAAAAACAUCUCAUUCACAUUUAAAAGUAUUCAUAACUUAUAGCUAUUUAUUUUAGAGUUUUAUUGGCAUCAGAAUAUUUACUUAUUCACUCUCAAAUCAUUCCUUACAUUAUUUUGAAUCAAUUAAAUAAUAUGGUCAGUCUCUUUUGACCAUUUGAUUGACAUUGCAUGUGCAUUAAAUUAAAUAUUGGAUUACAGAUUUCUGUUUCAAAACUUAGUGAUCACUCUCAAUCACUAAAUGUUGUUGUACUGUGCAUUUCAUGUAAUUUAUUGAUUUAACCUGCCUAAAAUAUAUCUUAAGUUCACAUUGUUAAUAAGUGAACUUUCUUAGAAGAUAUAAGCAAAAUCUGCUUUAUUAUGUGUAAGAAUAUGUGUCAUAUACUCGAAUGAAAGCAUGAGAAAAUUCAUGUUUACAUGUUUUCUCUGAUAUUAUUUCAUGCUUACCCGAAUUUUCUUAUUACAGUAGUAACUACUUGUUAUUACAGAUACGAGUACUAUGUUCCUAAGUAACCUUUUGUUAUUUAACCACUAUUCACUCCAUGUUAUAAUAGCUAUAAGUGCUUUUUUGCUAAGAAAGUUUGUGUUAUUUUAUCAUGUAAAAUUUCUGGUAUCAAGUUUUCAUAUAUUAAUUUUGAAUUUGUACUUGUGUGCUUAUCUUUUUUGUUUCAGUUGAUUCACUACCUUUGUUUGAAGUUUCUA